CAUGACCCAGCCGGUGGGAAGAAAAAGCCCACUGCAGUGGCCAUUGCUGUCCAUGGAUUCCCCCCAUCUUGCUCCCCUUUCUGAGGAACUGUGUCCUCGCGAGAACCAGUGUUCUUCUCUGCCUGCAGCCACCGCAUCCAUCGCACAGAACCUUAACCCACCAUCCUCACAAACACAGCAGCCAUGACUGGCGAUCAGCGUCUCCGAGAACAGUCCAAGCUCUUCCAGCCCCUGGCCAUCGCUAAUGGCAAGAUUCAUCUCCGCCACCGAGUGGUGCAUGCCCCUUUGACGCGCAACCGGGGCGAGCCUCUGAACCCGAUCAGCACGCCCGAGAAUCCCAAUCGGAUCUGGUAUCCCGGACAAUUGAUAGUGGAAUACUAUCGCCAACGGGCAACUCCAGGGGGGCUGAUCGUCUCCGAGGGCAUUCCUCCGUCACUUGAGAGCAAUGGCAUGCCAGGUGUCCCUGGGCUCUUCACCGACGAACAAGCCGCAGGAUGGAAAUCCGUGGUCGAUGCUGUCCACGCCGAAGGCGGAUACAUCUACUGCCAACUCUGGCACGCCGGCCGUGCCACUAUUCCUCAGAUGACCGGUUCGCCUGCCGUCUGUCCCUCCGCCAGCGUCUGGGACUCGCCCACGGAAUGCUACUCCCACCUCCCGGUGGGCGCGACCGAGCCAGUGCGCUACGCAGACUAUCCACCCAUCGAAUUGAGCAUUCCCCACAUCAAGCAGACCAUUCGAGACUAUUGCGAGGCGGCUCAAACUGCAAUGGAGAUCGGGUUCGACGGCGUUGAGCUCCACGGUGGAAACGGAUACCUUCCAGAGCAGUUCCUGAGCUCCAACAUCAAUAAGCGCACCGAUGACUACGGCGGCAGUCCCGAGAAGCGCUGUCUAUUCGUGCUCGAGCUGAUGGAGGAGCUCGCGCAGACGGUUGGCGAAGAAAACCUUGCCAUCCGUCUCUCACCUUUCGGCCUCUUCAAUCAAGCGCGCGGCGAGGAGCGCAUGGAGACAUGGACAUUUUUGUGUAAAUCGCUGAAACAGGCGCUUCCCAACCUAUCAUAUGUCAGCUUUAUUGAACCAAGAUACGAACAGAUCUUCUCCGCUGACGAGAAAGACACCUUCCUCCAGAGCUGGGGUCUCUCCAAUGUCGACCUCUCCUCCUUCCGUAGGAUCUUCGGCUCCACACCCUUCUUCUCCGCAGGCGGAUGGGAUCAGACCAACUCGUGGGAUGUGCUGGAGUCCGGUCGCUAUGAUGCCCUGCUGUACGGGCGGUACUUCACGAGCAACCCGGACUUGGUGGAGAGGUUGCGCCAGGGCAUUCCCUUCACCCCGUACGAUCGCAGCCGAUUCUAUGGACCCUUUGAGGACAACCGCCUCUGUUACGUGGAUUAUGAGCCUGCACAGGGCCACGACGAGGCAGAGAUUCGCGGACGCUUGUAAGCGAUAAUCCCAUUGGACAAGUGAUACAUCCGGGCCGGGCUCGCUUGUACUUUGUGCUUGGCUGUGUUUAUUUAUUAGCGGACUAUGAUGUGUGAUGCUUGCAACUCCCAAAACGAAAAUUAUCA